UUCUUUACCUUCUUUUACAUUCAUCCUUCACAGAUUAUUUAUUCGAAGUUUUAUUCAGGAACUCGAUUCCGUCCUCUCUCGCUUCAGUUGCCCAAACCUCUCUUUCCAAUCGCCGGCGUUCCUCUGGUGGAACACCAUAUUGAUCAACUUUCUCAGCUUCCUGGACUAUCUGAAAUUAUUUUGAUUGGCUCCUAUUCUUCUGAUCUUUUCACAGACUUUAUUGGCAGAUGUCAGCAGACUUAUCGUAUUUCCAUAAAGUAUGCUCAGGAACAACAGCCUUUAGGUACUGCUGGUGGUUUAGUGGCGCAGAAGGACACAAUCCUCGGGGACUCACCUGAAGGGUUGUUUGUUAUUAAUGGCGAUGUAUGUGGCGAUCUUCCGGUAGACGAAAUGGUGGCGCGUAUUGCUUGCUUACCUAAUGGUAGCUGCUUGCUCCUUACAACAGAAGCAACUCGAGAACAAAGUGGAAACUUCGGA